AUGUCUGUCCUUGCCAACUAUGCCUUUGCUUACAAAAUCAGCGUGGCCAUUUUCACGUUGAUCCGGUCUUGCAACAUCAUUGCCACUGUCCUGCUGGGCUAUACAGUCUUUGGGCAACGCUUCUCCAUAGAACAGUUGCUCUGCGUUUUGGCCGUUACUGUGGGCAUCUUCCUCGCCUCCAUGGGCGAGAUCAGGACGCUGAACACCAGCGGGCCCACUUCGACUGAUUGCAGCGCAAUGGGCACAUGCCAUGACGCCCAGACAUCGCCAGCCCCUGCGGAGGGUGAUGUGGAGAUCGCUACCUGGGCCAUUGGCAUUGCAAUGCUGGCAUUCGUGCAGCUUCUGCAAGGCUUCCUUGGGCAUGUUCAGUCCACCUACUACAAGAUAUACAAGGACCUGGCCCCCAAGAAUGAGCUGUGUGACGAGUUCCUGUUUACUUCACAUGUGAUGGCUUUACUGCCCCUCCUGUGCUUGAAGGAUGACAUCAUGGCAGCAGCGAGCAAUGCCCUGGUGUCCGAGCCCGUGCCAUACCUGCCCUUCCACCUCCCAGUUCAGAUUCUUUGGUUGUUGGUCAACAAUGUGUCACAGACCGUAUGCCUCAAGGGGGUGUUCCGCACCAGUGCGACAGUCACCCCGCUGGCACUGACGAUCAUACUCUCCGUGAGGAAAUUCCUCUCCGUGGUGGUUUCCAUAGUGCUGUUCAGCAACCCAUGGACAAUCCAGCACAGCGUGGCGACAGUGCUGAUCUUUGGUGGUGCCUUCGCCUACUCUCAAGUGCCUGCGGCCGCGCCUGCAACAAUUCGAGCGGAUAAGAAGUCUGAUUGA